CCUGUUGCGCUCGUUUCCCAGCAUGCAUCGCGAAUUUAUAUAGCCAUCUUGUCGGGAGGUGAAAUUUUUUAGAUUUUCUGUUACCGAAGUCUGCGAGUUAGUUGGCUGUAAACUUUGAUGUCAGACCGUUUUCGUGGUUGUUUUGUUAGUACGCCCGAUUCUUGUCGCCGGGUGUCGUGAGUGACGUGUGAGGCGGUGUUUCGCAGCGCUCGGUCAGGAUGUGUUUGAUACUCAUCUGUAGGUAGAGAAGUGAGCGGCAGCAGGGGGAGUGAACGCAGCCGAAUCUACGACAGCGGCCUCACCGAGCUCCGAUCACCAGCAAACGAGGAUAAACGAAUAACCGACACGUCAUCUCGCGCACGCCGCUCGCGGAGAUUGUGUUCGUCCGCUGUUCACGCGCCGAAAAUGCAACAGGAGGGAAGAGGAAGACGGAUAGCGCACGACCGUCGCGGAAAACUCUGAAAUUUGGGGUCCGGUGCCGCAACAAUUUGCUGUUUUGUGAAGUCAGCAGCGUCUUUAAGGGGUCUCGGUGUCAUAAAAAGCUGUUAAGCAUGUCUAAGAUGCCUGCUAAGAAGAAGAGCUGCUUUCAGAUCACGAGCGUGACUCAGGCUCAAGUCGCGGCCAACAACGCGACCGACGACACCGAGAGCCUGGAUGACCCGGAUGAGUCCCGGACAGAGGACGUGUCCUCCGAGAUAUUUGACAUGUCCCGGACUGACUAUGGGGCUGAGAUAUGUGACAGGAGCUCCUCGGAGGAGACUUUGAAUAAUGUGGGUGAAGCAGAGGGCCAGUUGCCCGCUUCCACCCCUCUGAACGGCGGGUUUAGCCCACGCACCCUGGGUCACCAGGGCGUCCAGGCCUCGAGUACUCAAGCGCCGGGGAUGACUCAGCCCGCGCAAGUCAUCAGUGCAUCAAGCGCCACGACCGUAACCAGCUGCACUUCUCGCUUUAGGGUCAUUAAGCUCGACCACGGCUCCGGAGAGCCCUUCAGGAGGGGCCGGUGGACCUGUAUGGAGUAUUACGAGAAAGACCCCGAGGGCUCUGUGAUGAGCAGGACUGUGGAUAGUAUCAGGCACACCAGUGUGAAUGAGCCCGGAGCGGAUAGGGACAGUGGGCUCGGGGCUACCGUCGGGUCUGUAAUGGCUCAGGCGGCGCCUGAUGUAAGUUCCGACGGGUCGUCUUUCACCGGCCCGCCGCAGAAUCCAGAACUGCACACGCACAGCUUCAGUGUGGCCCUGCAGCAGGUCACCUCAGGGUCUGGAUCACCUGAGUCCUUUAGUAAUAAGCCAGUUCCUCCGUCUGCUCAGCAGCAGGUGCCGGGCAGCUCUCAUGUCGCUGUCCCUCACAGUCUCCACGAUGGAGGACACCCUGGCACCCACCUUCAGAAAUCUCCCAGCGUCCCUCCUCCUCAAGUGCAGCCGCUGCUUUAUCAACCCCAGCCUAUUACGCACCAAUCAACAAGUCAGCCUGAGUACAGCCAGCGUAACAUGCCGAUUACGGUCACCCAGACCCUCCCCGGGGUGAGCCUUUCCGUCGGGCAAGCCGUCACUCAGGGGUCGGCCCCCGUUCCGACCGCGGCCACAGGAGGAGUGCAAGUCCUGGGUACAGUAGAAAUGUCUGGAGUCCCUGGAGGUGUUCCCUUAGGGAGCCAGCCGAUCCCAAAUCUGGUGCCGCAUCCUGCGGCGGGGCUGGUGAGCAGCAUCGUCCCUGUGGCGUCCAUUCAGCAGCAAACGGUGGCACAGUACCAAGCCUCAGGAGUAAUGCAUGGUUUAUCGACAACUCCGCAAAGCACUCAGAGCUUGCCCGUAGCACCGGUGACUGCCGCAGUGGCUGGCGUCCCGGCCUCAAGCGUGCUCACUGCUGUGCCGGGAUCUGCUACAGCGCCCAAUACCUCCGCACACAGCCAGGCGUCCCAGGUUCCCCGCAAUGGGACGGCCGCGGGAAGCGUCUUCAGUCAGACGGACGAGAGUCGGAGGAUGUCUGAUGCGUCUGCGCAGGUUCACAGUAAAGACAUGAUGAAGCCCUUCAUCACACAAGGCUUGCAGCUGGCCAACCCGGCUGUCAACAGUUUUUUCGGCAUACCCAUUUCCAUUGAUGGGGAGGAGGACAGGAAUCCCUCCACAGCUUUCUUCCAAGCCUUCCAGUCCGGCAGUAGGCUGAAGGACUCAAAGAUGACCUGUGAUAGUGCCUCUGGAGCAAGUGUGGUUGCCAUUGAUAAUAAAAUAGAGCAAGCAAUGGAUUUAGUGAAAAGCCAUCUGAUGUACGCUGUGCGGGAGGAGGUGGAGGUGUUGAAGGAGCAAAUCAAGGAGCUCUGUGAGAGAAACUCUGUGCUGGAGCGAGAGAACGCAGUGCUCAAAUCCCUGGCCAACAACGAGCAGCUCUCUCAGCUCACUGUCCAAUCCAACUCCAACGCUCCCGUCCCGGGCCAAGCUCAGCCUUACCUUCAGCUGGACGUCGACAAGAACAUGGACUCCCUGCCACGACAACCGCAGCCCAACGUCACCUCCGCCUGAAGCCUGUGCGAACGACGCAUGUAUCAUCACAACAGCAGGAAACUCCGCUGAGCGCGCAUGCUGUCCGCCAUCGACGCAAGGAUGACUGCAAGGAGAGGCGUUUUCUGCUCGGGCACAACACGCUAGCAUUCCUGCGGACUGCGGUCUUGCUUUGGGUUCCGUUUGGCCCCUUCCCCCCCCAGAUGAGGUGGAGAGUUUGUGAAGAGAGUUAUUUUUUUAAUAAAGAGAAUCCAGCCAUGAAAAGGGUGUAUUUUUUAGCGUCGCAGUUUUCAGAGUCUAUUUUCAGAGCCACCGCACUUCAUGUGAUUUCGACUCACCAGUCUGUUCAGUUGUACUCUUUAUUAUUUAUUAUAGGGCUGCUAUUUUCAGAGAGGAACGAUGUCUACAGAACCUUUCGAUCCGACAGCAAUUGGUCAUCAAAUCAAGCAGCAGUCUUACUAUAUCAAUCAUCAAUGCAAGAGUAGCAGUGGGUGGAGUGUAAACACUAACAGCGACGUUUCUCUGUGGAUUACGAAUGUGAACCUGGUCUGAAUGUACAUUUUGUAUAGUGUAAAGAUAAAGAGCGUAACAAGUUUGUACAGGUUUGUGGGCGAAGAUCUAAACUGAAUCCUCAAUGGUCUACCCCGAUGAAGAAUGCUUCAGUUCUGUUGCUAGUAGUAUGUUGGAAAAAGAAGUCAGUUGCCAUAUUCUCCUGCCCGCUACCCUGAUGUCUCAUAUGUUUUUGGGGUCGGGAAGGGGAUUUAAAAGAAAAAAAACUGUGAAGUUGUUCAACCUACUUUGUAACCAAAGAUGCAAAGCUGUGUAAUUCCUUUUUCUCUCGCUCUUUCGUUAUGCACACUCUUAUGUACAAUUUUUUAAUUUUUCCUCACGGCAAACUUUUUUUUGUUGCUUUUAGGCAUGUUCUGCAUGAUCUGUAACAGUCAGACCACUUUCUUACCUCAUUUGUAUUGGGCACUCAUAUUGUAAGUAGUCUGUGAAUAGUGUCGGCAGGGGAAGGAGAUCUGGAGGCGAUGGUGAGGAGAUAAAACAGACUAGUGUGUGACGCACUAGCCACAGAUAAUGAAGUGAGCCAUGUUUCGUUCAUUUAAAUGGUGUUUGUAUUUCAUAUGCCAAUAGUUUUGUUACAUUGCAAAUUUUAAUGUAUUUAAAUAAAUGCAAUAUUCAAAUUACAAAA